CUCCAAUGGCGAUGGAAGCAAGAACACAUCUAUUGGAGGUGUUGCAGACCGAGAUUCUAGCGAGAUUACCGUUGAAAACCAUAUCCAGAUUCAAAUCAGUAUGCAAGCUAUGGAAAUCAACAAUCGAAUCUGCCUACUUCCGCCGUCUCUUUUUAUCUCUCCACCGAAACUCAUCGUGGUCCCUCAUGCACGGACCAGACGAACUCAUAGUUUUCCAUGGAUGCAAAACACGCGACAAUCUUCCAAAAUCUCCACCUCCACUCAUCCCACCGUCUUUCAAACGCUAUCACAUCGGUGAUUGCAUCUACAGGGAUUCCUCCGGUGGAUUGGUUUUGAUCACCGACGGCUCUGAUAAAGCGUACUGCUACGUAGGCAGUCCAGUUUUACAGCAAUGGAUCAAAAUCCCUCCACCUCCCUCUGAUCCUAAAGGUGAUUCCACCGUGUUUGGUUUAACGACUCGCUUGGACGAGGACGGUGUCGUUUUGAGCUUUAAAGUGGUUAGGAUAGCUUCUUACGGAGUAACUAAUGAUUAUCUCUCCAGCGUCUUGACUGUGUUAGUGUAUUCGUCCGAGUCAGGGGUUUGGAUUUCUAAAGUAAUUCACUCUCCUCAUCAAAUCGGUAACAUGUCUAAUAUCAACUUGAACGGUAUGAUCUACUUUGGUUGUCUCGGUGUGCCUGGAAUACUUUUAGCUCAUGAUUUCUAUUCCGAAUCCGAUCAAUUACGGGUUGUGCAAUUACCGGACUAUCCGGAUUACAACAAGGAUUACAAACGAACCUUGACUACAUCAGAAGGCUUUGUCACGUAUGUCAGAGCAUUAGCGAAAAAGGAAGAAACUGUUUUGAAGAUUUGGAGGUUUAACAAUGAUGACGAUGACACUUGGCAUCUUUUGUGGGAAGUUCGCUUCCCGAUGAUUAUCGGUGACUAUGUACCCAUGGCAAUGAAUCCAUUUGAUGUCACUACUGUCUAUCUAUGGAGUCAACGAGAUCAUCAUUUGGUAUCAUGUAACUUGCGGAAAGGAGACUACGGAGUCCUGGAGGAUGCAUCUAAUGAUUGUUUCAUUGACAGUUCUGUUUGUAAGAAGAGUGUGGAUGAGUUGUGGCGUCCAAGAUCACCAUCAGAUGGAGACGAACACUUGGACUUUGAAGUUUGUAUCUGGUUAAUCCAGUUUGUGAUCCCACGGUGGAUGGAAUCGGUGCCUCGUCCUCCCCAAGCUGAGGUGAUAGAUACGAGGUCUCUUCUUUCUCACGCUACCGCAACACAUGAGAGAAUGGUGAGGGAACAUGAGACAAUGAUGAGGGACAGAGAAAACUACCUGUUUUAAGUGUGAUGUCUUUUGGAUUUGUUAUUGUUUUAUAAUGUUUCGAACUAUACUUUCUUUGAUUUUUCUUUUCAGAAUUCUAUAGAACACUUUUAAUUAUUUUAAUCUACAAAAUAGAUUUGGACAAAGAUGUGUAGUCCCCACAAUAGUAUCUAUC